AUGAGUGACGACGAUUUCAAAGGCUACGGCGAGAAACAGCCCCACCAAGGAACUCUUGGUGACCAUGGCCACCAACUCGGCCGCGACCCUGAGGCACACGACGUGGUGGUUGGCUCCCAGAAUGAGCUGCACAGAGAGCUCAAGGGCAGACACAUGCAGAUGAUUGCCAUUGGUGGUGCAAUCGGUGCCGGUCUGUUCAUCGGUUCAGGCGGUGCAUUCCAAACUGGUGGACCCGCCUCUGUGUUGAUCGGUUUCAUGGUCGUUGGUAAAUACUUCAUGAUGCAGGCUCUCGCAGAAAUGACCGUCUUGUAUCCCAUCAACGGAGCUUUCUGCAUGUACAUUGUCCGUUUCGUCGACCCCUCGUUCGGUUUCGCCUGCGCUUGGGAAUACGCCAUCAGUUGGCUGACUGUCCUCCCCUACGAAAUUUCCGCUGCUGUCAACAUCAUUCAUUAUUGGUCAGGAUCUGAGAGCGUCAAUGCCGCUGCUUUUAUCGUUCCAUUGCUGGUCGCUCUCGUCGUUAUUCAGUUCUUCGGUGUGCGCGGAUAUGCAGAGGUCGAAUACGCCCUCAGUCUGAUGAAGAUCAUCGCUUGUGUCGGGUUCAUGAUUCUUGGUAUCAUCAUCGACACUGGUGGUGUUCCAGGACAGCCUUACAUUGGAGGAAAAUACUGGCACGCACCCUACUCCAACGGAGGUUUCCUCAGCGGCUUCCACGGUUUCUGCAGCGUCUUCGUCACUGCAGCCUUUGCCUAUACUGGCACUGAACUGACCGGUCUGGCCGCCGCCGAGACGAUUGACCCCAAGAAAGAGAUCCCCAAGGCCUCAAAGCAGGUCAUUUACCGUAUCCUGAUCUUCUACGGAGUCAACCUGCUGCUCGUUGGUUUGAUUGUCCCGGCAAACAGUGAUGCGUACAACGGCCCUGGUUCUUCAUCUCGCCACUCUCCCUUUGUCAUUGCAAUUCAGCUUGCUGGCAUCAAGGUUCUUCCAUCUAUAUUCAACGCUGUCAUUCUCAUCGCCGUCAUGAGUGUCGCCAACUCUUGUACUUUUGGGUCCACCCGAACAAUCCAGGCUCUAGCCGCAAACGGCAUGGCACCUAAAUUCAUGGCGUAUGUCGACAAGAAGGGACGUCCCAUCAACGUCAUUAUCAUCCAGCUGCUCUUUGGAUGUCUUGCAUUCAUCAACCUGGCACCAAGCGGUGGAGACAUCUUCAACUGGCUCCUGGCAUUGUCGGGUCUCUCGAUUCUCUUCAUUUACGGCGGUAUCGGUCUUGCCCAUGUGCGAUUCCGUAAGGCUUGGAAAUACAACGGUCGUUCGCUCGACGAGCUGCCUUACAGAGCUUCUGCCGGCGUCUGGGGCUCAUACUUCGUCAUGCUCAUCACCGUACUCGCUCUCCUAGCCCAAUUUUACACCGCACUCUACCCCGUCGGUGGUCCCAACCUUGAUGCUAGCACCUGGUUCCAGCUCUACCUUGCUGGUCCCCUGCUUGUCUUCCUUUACUUGGUCUGGAAGGUCUACAGUUGGUUUGUCAGACCAGCAGACAGACCGCUGUUCGUCAGAACAAGAGACAUUGACAUCCUUUCCGGCAUGAGAGAUCUCUCAGUUGACAGGAUCGAGUCCGAAUUCGUUGACGAUCAGAAGACCAAGAAGGGUCCUUUGGGAUACAUCAAGAAUGCCUUCAGUGCUGUCUUCUAA